AUGAGUGAACUGGACCAAUUACGCCAAGAGGCAGAGCAGCUCAAAAAUCAGAUUAGAGAUGCCAGGAAAGCAUGUGCAGAUGCCACUCUAUCACAGAUCACGGCUAAUAUUGACCCCGUUGGGCGAAUUCAAAUGCGUACAAGACGAACACUGCGGGGUCAUCUGGCCAAAAUCUAUGCCAUGCACUGGGGAACAGAUUCCAGGCUCUUGGUCAGUGCUUCUCAGGAUGGCAAACUAAUUAUUUGGGACAGUUAUACUACAAAUAAGGUCCACGCCAUUCCACUUCGUUCUUCCUGGGUUAUGACGUGCGCAUAUGCACCUUCAGGAAAUUACGUGGCCUGUGGUGGUUUAGACAACAUUUGCUCCAUUUACAACCUGAAAACCCGCGAGGGCAAUGUACGCGUGAGCCGUGAGCUCGCUGGGCAUACAGGAUACCUCUCCUGCUGUCGUUUUCUUGAUGACAACCAGAUUGUUACAAGCUCGGGAGACACCACCUGUGCACUUUGGGACAUUGAAACCGGCCAGCAGACAACCACUUUUGCCGGGCACACGGGCGACGUCAUGAGCCUCUCUCUGGCCCCAGAGUCCCGGUUAUUUGUGUCUGGUGCUUGCGAUGCUUCGGCUAAACUCUGGGAUGUGCGAGAGGGCAUGUGCAGACAGACCUUCACUGGCCAUGAGUCUGACAUCAAUGCCAUCUGUUUCUUCCCCAAUGGCAAUGCCUUUGCCACUGGCUCGGAUGAUGCCACUUGCAGGCUGUUUGACCUGCGUGCCGAUCAGGAAUUGAUGAUCUACUCUCACGACAACAUCAUCUGCGGCAUCACUUCGGUGGCGUUCUCCAAGAGUGGCCGUCUUCUCUUGGCUGGAUAUGACGAUUUCAACUGCAAUGUGUGGGACACACUAAAGGCCGACCGUGCCGGUGUGUUGGCUGGCCAUGACAACCGUGUGAGCUGCCUGGGUGUGACUGAUGAUGGCAUGGCUGUUGCUACAGGAUCCUGGGACAGCUUCCUGAAAAUCUGGAAUUGA